GCAGCUAGGGGAGGACGCCGGAAAGGACACCUGCGUUGGCUAUGUCUGAGAGACGGCUGAGCAAGCGGUCUCAACGUCGACUACGGCUGCAAGUCGCGCAACGUUUAGCGGGGUCUACUGUGUCUGUGUCCACUAAGAAGCCCCGAAUCGAGCCUACUACUGCUUUCACCGACCAUGGAGCUGAAGAUGGGGACGACGCGGAGGACCAGGAACCUCAGCGAGAAGUGGAAGCGACGGCCGACAGCAUCGGCGAGAAUCGAGAAAGUUGUGGUGACGUGGAAGGCGCGGAAGACGUAGAAGGCAGACUCUCUGGCGACGAUAACCCAAGCGAAUCUGGGUCUUCAGCUGGACAACACCGCGUGAGUGAUGGCGAACUGAGUGAGCGUGUUACUGAUUUCAGCGAGGACGAGAGGGAUCUCAGCGAGGACGAGGGCGAUUUUAGCGAGGAAGAGGGGGGUUCCAGUGAGGGGGAUUUCAGCAAGGAUGAUUGCAGCAGCAAUGAAGAUAUGAUUGCAGUUAGAAGCGUUGCCACUGGUACACACGGUCCACUUUUCCAAGAUUCUGCUGUUCAGAGUGACGAUUUCAACACAGCAUUCUUAUCACUAGCACAAAGGCACAAUUUGACUUACUCAAGCCAAGAUCCUGAAUUUCCUUAUCUUCUGAGGUAUCGCUUUCGUCGUGAACAGAAAUAUGGCAUUUUGUCCGAUAUCUAUGAUGGAUAGGAGUACUGCAAGCAUAGCAUGUUCUUCGCAUCUGAAUAUAACGUGUCCUUCGCCCUCAACUUCGAUGGAGCGCCGAAGUUCAAGUCCUCAUCAGUACAAGUUUGGCCAAUUCAACUUUACUUGAAUGAACUGCCACCUCAUGUAAGGGGAUCAAGGCAACACAUGUUCUUGGCAGGGAUUUGGUGCUCAGUGAAGAAGCCCCCAACAUGUGCGUGUUUGGCCCCAAUCUUGGAGGAACUGGAAGAUUUAGCUACAAAUGGUGUGAAGGUUACUGUGAGAGGGGAAGAAGUUACUUGCAAGGCACGGCUACUUUUUACACUAGCAGACCUACCUGCAAAGGCAUCUUUGACUAAUAUGAUCCAGUUCAAUGGCAAAUUUGGUUGUCCAACGUGUAAACAUGAGGGAAAGCAGGUAUCGCAUGGUAAAGCUAAAGAAUUGACUGUAAAUAUAUAUGUAUGUUAUGCAGGUUUCAAUUGGAAGAGGUAGCACUCGAGCAUAUGGAUAUCAGCCAGUUACGUUACGGAGCCAUUCACAACACACAAAAUAUGCCAUGGAGGCUGAAGCAACCAGUCAAGUUGUAUACGGAGUGAAGGGAAAAUCUAUCCUUCACAACCUGCCUGAAUUUGACAUCAUUAACAAUAACCCUGUGGACUACAUGCACUGUGUGCUGUUGGGAGUAGUGCGUACAUUACUAUCAUUGUGGUUCGACUCUAAAAACCACAAGGAGCCAUGGUACAUUGGACGUAGGAUUUCUGAGGCAGAAUCAAGACUUCUCGGGGUUAAACCCCCUGAUGUAGUUACAAGGGUACCAAAAUCUUUCAGAGGUAGAGGCUGGAAAGGUACAGUACUAGUAUAUUUUCCCAUCCCUAAUAUUGGAUGUACUGGAGCUUUAGUGCAUGGUGUAUGACCCUUGCCCAUUAUGUGGCUUCUGUUUGCUGUGCAAAUAGUAACUUCCUCUUAAUUGAUGUUUUUUGCAGCAACAGAAUGCAGAACAUUCUUACUUUACUAUCUACCACUGUUGCAUGGAAUCCUGCCUGACAAAUACCUCGUGCAUGCUCUGCUGCUCUCUAAGGCUAUGAGACUCCUUCUGGCCGAUGAAAUUUCUCAAGCAGACAUAGAAAUAGCUGACAACCUGUUGGGCUUAUAUUGGAGAUUAACAGAGGAUUACUAUGGCCUGAAGCACUGCAAGGUCAAUGUCCAUCUUUUGGGACAUUUGUCGCAUUAUGUGAAACUUUUUGGGCCUCUAUGGACUCAUUCUGCCUUUGCCUUUGAAGACGCAAUUGGAGGUUUGGUCAAAAAGUCUCAUGGGACACAUGACAUAGCCAAUCAAAUUGUGACAUCAUUUAUUCUCCAGUGGCGUCUUCAUGUGCAAAGAAAGCUCACGCAGGGUCCUCUCAUUUUAAAAUCAUUUGUGGAUCAACUAGACACAAAAUCAAGGUCAACUCAGAGAUGUACUCAGCUUAGUCAAUCCCUUGCUGGAGUUGGAGUGGCUAAGACCAUCAGUUUGGAUAUGGAAGAUGAAUCCAUAUUAAAGCCCCUGCUGGAGAAAAAUAGUGUCGUUAUCAAUGCCUAUGGAACAGUUAAGCUGUGGCCAAAGAUGAUUUUGCAAGAUAAAGUAACAAUAUAUAGUCAGGCUUCUAAACGGGUAACUAAACGGAACAGUUAUACUGUCACUUUUGUGGACCCUGAAAGACCUACUUGUGUUAGAUAUGGAAGAGUUCAGAAGUUUGUAUGUUGCCCACCUGACACACCAGAUAGCGUGAACGCAGCUAUCGUUCAAGAGUUGAAAGUUCAUAGGUGUAUGGAGCUUGAAGCCCUGUGCUUUCCUUCUGAUAUCCGAUGUCUCUCUGAAUUAGUCUGUUGUGAUUUUGUUUCUGUAGUGGGUGAGCUAUCUAAGCUUGCUAUACCUGUUGAACACAUUAUGGCAAAAUGUUUCGAUAUAUCUACUGUUAAUAUGUGUGUCAUCACCCAAAUGGUGUGUCAUUCAGAAGUUUUAAAAUGAUUUUUUUAUUAUUCC